GCAGGUCUGCGGUGUCACCCUCCAGGAUUCCCUGCAGCAGGGCGGGGACACAGCUGUUCAGGAGGCUGUUGGUUCGGAACAUGUCUCCACCCACCCCAGCCUCUGUGGCUCCAGGAUUCAUCCUGCUCUAUCCAUGGCCAACCAAGGCCCGUCACUCCAUGGUGUCUUUGAACUUCUAGGAGCUGUGGGAAAGGAUAGGCUGGCCUACCUGAAACACAAACUAGGGAGUGUACAUCCGGGCAGCCAGGAGUCCAAGCUGCUCCACGCCAUGGUGCUCUUGGCUCUGGGCCAGGACACAGAGGCCAGGAUCUCCUUGGAGGCCUUGAAGGCCAACACAGUGACCCAGCUGGUAGCCCACCAGUGGGCAGGCACGGACAGCACAGAGGGCCCCGAGGAGCCUCCAGACUUGUCAUGGACAGUGGCUCGACUAUAUCACCUGCUGGCUGAGGAGAACCUGUGUCCGGCCUCCGCAAGGGACAUGGCUUACCAGGUGGCCGUCCGUGACCUCGCCUCCCAGGGUAACCACCAGUUGAGCCAACUGGAGAACGAGGCCUGGGACCGGUGCAGUUCAGACAUCAUGGGGGGACCUGAUGGCUUGCAGAGACUCCAUUCUGAUCACGGUUCCCUGCUGCCGUCUUCAACAUCCCCUUCAGUCACCAGAAGCCAGCCUCGUCCCAUUGACACACCGGACUGGAGCCAGGGGCUUUCUUUACACUCCACCGGCAGCAUUGCCUCGGUAGCCAGCCACCUAGAGAUCAGCCAGUCACCCACUCUGCCCUUCCUCUCUCCACACCGUGGAACCCAUGGGCCCAGCAAGCUGUGCGAUACACAUGUGGGCACCCCGGAGCCUCAGCUCGUCCCCGCAGGCUGCCAAGAACCUGAGGAGGUGAGCUGGCCCUCGCCGGUGGAGACCAGCAUCUCCUUGGGGUCACCACACAGAACUGGGGCCCCAGAGGUGUCUCCAGAGGUGGCUCCGGACAUCCUCCCUGACUCCCCUGCUGCUCCAGAUGUGGCUGUCCACUGCCCCAUCGAAUGCACGGAGGUGUCUGCAGCAGCUCCCCUGCCGUCCGCUGUGGAAGGUGCUAGAAAGCAGUCUAUCGCAAGUCAGAAGUCACCUCAGGUUUCUGCAGGAGAUGAUGCUCUGCACAACACCAUGCCUAGCCCUCCUGCCCAGCCACCGUCCCCCCAAGUCUCCCCUCCGUCCUCCAUCUCCUCCUCCAACAGCAGCUCUGCUCCCCCUGCCUCAACACCCCCUGCCUCGACACCCCCUGUCUCGACACCCCCUGUUCAGGGACACUCGGAAAUAGCUGAGCGGAAAUUCUAUAACUUCGUGGUUAUCCAUGCCAGGGCUGAUGAACAUGUGGCCCUACGGAUCCGGGAGAAGCUGGAGACCCUUGGGGUGCCUGAUGGGGCUACCUUCUGUGAGGAAUUUCAGAUGCCUGGGCGUGGUGAGCUGCAUUGCUUCCAGGAUGCCAUAGACCACUCGGGGUUCACCGUCCUCCUCCUGACUGCCAGCUUCGAUUGUCGCCUGAGCCUGCACCAAGUCAACCACGCUCUCAUGAACAGCCUCACACAGUCUGGGAGGCAGGACUGCGUGAUCCCCCUCCUCCCUCUAGAGUGCUCACGGGCCCAGCUCAGCCCUGACACAACCAGCCUGCUCCACAGCCUCGUGUGGCUGGAUGAACACUCCCCAGUCUUUGCCAGGAAGGUGGCGAACACCUUCAAACCACAGAAGCUCCGGGAACACUGGGUCCGCUGGAAGAAAGAGCAGGAGGCCAGAGCCCUCAGGGAGUGGAGCACACAGCUGGAGGGCGAGCGGCAGAGGGUGACUGCCAUGUCUGCUGCCUACUUAGCUUAUGCCCACAGUUACAACGCCUGGCAAGCGGAGGUGAACAGACUAGAGGUGGCCUUCAGGAAAGACUUGUCCCUGGGGGUUCCUACAUCCUUCCCCAGUUGGCAGGGACGUUCAUAUCCACAGCAGGCCAGUACCCCAGUUUUCUCACAGCCUCCGUGUUUCCCGCAGCCUCCGUGUUUCCCGCAGCCUCCGUGUUUCCCGCAGCCUCCGUGUUUCCCGCAGCCUCCGUGUUUCCCGCAGCCUCCGUGUUUCCCGCAGCCUCCGUCUCCCCCACAUUCCGGAUCCUUCCCAUCAGCCUCCUCCCCAGCCCCCCAGACUCCACCGGGACCUCAGCCUCUCAUUAUUCAUCAUGCCCAGAUGGUUCAGCUGGGCGUUAACAACCACAUGUGGGGCCAGACAGGGGCCCAGGCGUCCGGUGGCAACACUGAGUGCUUGGAGGAACCCUACCAGGGCCAUCUGAGUGACCAGGGGGGACCCCUUGAGACUCCAGAGUGAUCAUGUUGCAGCCCACCUUAGUGAUUAGGUUGGUCCCCCCACCUAGAUUGC